UAAACAGACCUGAAGCAUGAAACGGAGCGGAGCGGAGUGUCGGUCCAGGCAUGCGCCGGCUAUGGAAAUGCUCUGACGGACUAGAGAGAGUACGAUUCACCGGAGUUCGCUGUUUAUGGAAACUGGGGCUUAAACUCUGCUCUGUUUCCAGGAAAACCAUGAAAGUGUUUCAGUCUCCAUGUUGAGCUAAUGAGCAGAGAGACAGACGCACUUCAGAGAAAGGAAUAGGAAAGAGACCUGUUUCAAUGGAGGAACAGCUGUCCAGCUGUGCUCUGUGUCAGGACGUCCUGAGAGAUCCAGUUUCUACCAGUUGUGGACACUGGUUCUGCAGACAGUGUAUCAGCUCAUACUGGGACCAGUCUCCUUCAUCAGGAGAGUACUCCUGUCCCCAGUGUGGAAAAAGACCACGACUGCAGAUAUCCAGUCAGUCUAGAAGUGUAACAGCAGAUAGAGGUCUACAGGAGGUUCUAGAUGAACACAGGAUCAGUCUGAGGGAGAGAUGUGAACAUGUGACUGAAGGAAGUGAUGAAGCAGGAAGAAGAACCCUCCUGAACAGGAUCUACACUGAGCUCUACAUCACAGAGGGACAGAGUGAAGAGGUGAACAGCCAACAUGAGGUGAGACAGCUUGAGACAGCUUCCAGGAUGGAGAGCCUCCAUGAGACUCCAAUCAAGUGUCAGGACAUCUUUAAAGCCUUACCUGGCCAACAGAAACCCAUCAGAGUGGUUCUGACCAGCGGUGUGGCUGGUGUUGGAAAAACCUUCUCUGUGCAGAAGUUCACUCUGGACUGGGCAGAGGGCUCAGAAAACCAGGACGUCAGUCUGCUGGUUCUGCUUUCAUUCAGGGAGCUGAACUUGAUCAGAGAUGAGCGCUACAGUCUUCUGGAGCUGCUCCGUGUUUUCCAUCCAACAUUCCAGAAGGUCAGAGCCCAGACGCUGGCUGUCUGUAAACUUUUGUUCAUCUUUGACGGCCUGGAUGAAAGCAGACUGUCGUUGGAUUUCAACAUCAGUGAGGCUGUGUCUGAUGUGUCAGAGAAGUCCUCGUUAAACGUGCUGCUGACAAACCUCAUCAAGGGGAAUCUGCUUCCCUCAGCUCUCAUCUGGAUAACGUCUCGACCUGCAGCAGCCAAUCAGAUCCCUGCUUCAUGUGUGGACAGGGUAACAGAGGUCCGAGGCUUCACUGACGCCCAGAAGGAGGAGUACUUCAGGAGGAGGUUCAGUGAUGAAGAUCUGUCCAGCAGAAUCAUCUCCCACAUCAAGACAUCCAGGAGCCUCCACAUCAUGUGUCUGAUCCCAGUCUUCUGCUGGAUCACUGCUACAGUUCUGGAGAACAUGAUGAGGACUGGACAGAGAGGAGAGCUGCCCAAGACCCUGACAGACAUGUACUCACACUUCCUGUUGGUUCAGACCAAGAGGAAGAAGAACAAGUAUGAUGAGGGACCUCAGAUGAGUCCUGAGGAACUCACCAGAUCUGACAGGGAAGUUCUUCUGAAGCUGGGGAGGCUGGCGUUUGAACAUCUGGAGAACGGAAACAUCAUGUUCUACCAAGAAGACCUGGAGCGCUGUGGUCUGGAUGUCACAGAGGCCUCGGUGUACUCAGGAGUUUGUACUGAGAUCUUUAAAAGAGAGAGUGUGAUCCUCCAGAAAACAGUCUACUGCUUUGUUCAUCUGAGCGUUCAGGAGUGUCUUGCUGCGGUUUACAUGUUCCACUGUUUCACCAACUGUAACACAGAUGUCAUUGAGGCGUUCCUAAUAGAGGACAACAACAGAGAGUCAUCCACAAACUCCUCUCUAAGAACAAAAAAGUCUUCUAGACCUCGAUUGCUGAGUGUCUUCCUGAAGCGUGCCAUGGAGAAAUCCCUGAAAAGUCCAAAUGGACACCUGGACCUGUUUGUUCGCUUCCUUCACGGCCUCUCUCUGGAGUCCAACCAGAGACUCUUAGGAGGUCUGCUGGGUCAGACAGACAACAGUCCAGAAAUGAUCCAGAGAGUCAUCAAGAACCUGAAGCGGAUGAACAGUGAUGGUAUCUCUCCAGACAGAAGCAUCAACAUCUUCCACUGUCUGAUGGAGAUGAACGACCUCUCAGUACAUCAGGACAUCCAAGACCUCUUGAAAUCACAGAACAGAUGGGGAGUGAAACUCUCUGAUAUCCACUGCUCUGCUCUGGCCUACAUGCUGCAGAUGUCAGAGGUUCUGGAUGUGUUCUAUCUGAAGAAGUACGACACAUCAGACCAGGGACGAGUGAGACUGAUUCCAGCUGUGAGGAACUGCAGGAAGGCUGAGCUUUAUUGCUGUGGACUAUCAGAGACUCACUGUGAAGUCGUGGCCUCAGCUUUGAGGUCCAACCCCUCACAUCUGAGACAGCUGGACCUGAGCAGAAACAAGCUGCAGGAUUCAGGAGUAGAGCUUCUUUCUGCUGGACUGAAGAGUCCAAACUGUCGACUGGAGUUUCUGGGGUUGGGGGAGUGUGGUUUGUCAGAGAUCAGCUGUUCUUCUCUGGCCUCAGCUUUAAAUUCAAACCCCUCACAUCUGAGAGUGCUGAUCCUGAGUCACAACAAGCUGCAGGAUUCAGGAGUGGAGCUUCUUUCUGUUGGACUGCAGAGUCCAAAUUGUCGACUGGAGACUCUGAGGUUGGGGGAGUGUGGUUUGUCAGACAUCAGCUGUUCUUCUCUGGCCUCGGCUUUGAGGUCCAACCACUCACGUCUGAAACAGCUGGACCUGAGUAACAACAAGCUGCAGGAUUCAGGAGUGGAGCUUCUUUCUGCUGGACUGAAGAGUCCAAACUGUCGACUGGAGACUCUGUGGCUGUCUCACUGUGGUUUGUCAGGGAUCAGCUGUUCUUCUCUGGCCUCAGCUUUAAACGACAACCCCUCACAUCUGAGAGUGCUGAUCCUGAGUAACAACCUGCGGGAUUCAGAUUUGACGCCACUGUUUGAUCUUCAGAGGGAUCCAAACUGUCGACUGGAGAGACUGGGAUUGUGGUAAAGUGAUUAAAGAGAGGAUCCUGAUUGUCCUGCUGGUCAGAGAGGAGGAAGCAGCAGCAGCAGCUUGUGUGUGGUGAGUCUGUAACUGGGCCGUGUUACUGGGAGACUGACAGACCAAUCCCAACCAGUGGAGAUGAGACUGCUCUGAGAUCAGCUCCACUGUGGACCUCCCUCAUGUUUCUAUUCUAACACAGAUUCUCAGCGUAAACUGCUUUAGGACUAAAUGACUGAAGAUGAACGCCUCCAUUUGGAUACAGAUGUUGAGCUUUCUGUCACAGCGCCCCCCUGUGGAAAUACAUGAACCAGGGUUAGCUCAACUUUGGUAGAGGCUAGCUUUGGCACACCACAAUCUCCCAGUACCAAGAGAAACAUUUUCUGAUCCCUGAUCUUUAACAAAUAGCUCAUUACCAAAAUAAAUGGG